CCCCAAUAUGGUCGUCUCCACGCUUCGCCUCCGGCGUUGCUUCGGCCUCGGCCCAUGUCGUCUCCGCCCCUCGCCUUCGACGUCGCCUCCGUAACCAUCUAAAAGCUUGUGUUGGCUCCAUCUUCCUCUCACCUCGAAUGCUAACAUGACAUAUGGGUCGAUCAAAUGACAAAUAUCCAAUAGCACUCAUCUGGUGUUUAAUUGUCGUUUUGGCCUUUUCUUCUCUCCAUGAUUUCCUGAUCAUACCAUUUGAUAUCAUAUUGUUUUUGUUUUUCUUAAUAAUAUAAAAUGAUAUAUUUUACGCGAUAUUUUUGUACGAUACUGAUUCCACAGAUUGUCCAAAGAUUCCACCUUUUAAGCUCUAAUCUGCAAUUAAAAGGACCCAUCAGCAUCGAAGACAAUAAUGUCGAGGGGGAGGAUGUCAUGCAGGAGAAGAAGAAGAAGAAGAAGAAGAAGAAGAAGAAGGUUGUGCGGGCCUUCUCUCCCACACAACACGGGAAUUCUGCGACAUCUUAUCAAAUAUCAGAUCAGCUGCCACUGGAUCCUCAUCCAUCAACAAUCAAAGAACACAAGGCAGCUCUUCCAACCUUGAAAUCGAGUUACUCAUGGUGACCAACAGCAAAUACGGUGAAAGUAGGUGUCUGUCGGUCCGAGAACUGUUAUCCUCUUACUGUGCAUUCAGUUUCAGCUUCACCAGGACAAUCUGCAAGUGGAACAGCCCAUACUCUACUUGGUGCCCUUUAUGUGUUUGUUGAUAUUCUUCUUACAUUUUGUGAUAGUUGUUGCCAGUCCCUGUCACCAUUAAUUCCCUCCUGUGCAGAGUUCAGUACGACAUAUGAGCUCCUGGUUCCAUCUUCACCUGUUCAUUUGUGCUUCGUAAUUUUGUGCUGACCCCCUUUUUCCCCUUUUCUUUGUUCAGCUAUUGUUCCCUCACUUCCUCUUCUUGGCUAACAGCAUAGAUUUCACAGCUCAAGGCAUCUGAAUUGUCUAAUUCCUUUUCAUUUUCCUGUUUCAGGGAACUCCUACAGAUAAUUUCUUCUGUUUUCCUCCAGCGCACCACUCCUAUUGUACUCCUUCUAUUUCAAGUACCUUUUCUCUAGUUAGGUCUAGGGUUUAGCUAGCAUAAUAUUCUGCGCUUCUCACUUCUCUUGCUAGAGAGAGAGAGCUCUUGUGACGCAUUGCAUAUUUGUUAAUCAUGGUUUAUGUUCUUCAGCCUCCUGGUUACACUGAUACGUGAGAAGGUUAUUAUUGGUUUGGUCCUGGUAAUGAUGCUAGCGGUUUUGGUUUUGUUUCGGAGACUAUGAUGCAAUUCUGAAAUCAACGAACAAUCUAGGAUCCUUAAUUAUAGAUCCUACCAUGAAGCAUGUUUUGCUUCUAUUUUUGGCACUCUGUUUUAGUCUCCUUCGGAGUGACCUCGGUAGGAAUGUCUCUGCUAUAAGACCUCCUACAGUGCACAUUGGAGCUCUUUUUUCCCACAAUUCCACCAUUGGAAGAGUUGCCAAGGUUGCCAUUGAUGCUGCAGUGAGCGAUGUCAAUGCAGACCCGAGUGUUCUCCAAGGCACGAAGCUGGUUGCUGAAAUGCAAGACUCCAAUUGCAACAGUUUCAUUGGUAUUGUUCAAGCAUUGCAGUUCAUGGAGACAGACAUUGUCGCAAUCAUUGGUCCGCAAUCUUCCGUAAUUGCACAUGUCAUUUCACAUGUUGCAAACGAUCUGCAAGUCCCUCUUCUUUCCUUUGCGGCGACAGAUCCUACACUUUCUUCAUUGCAAUAUCCCUUUUUUGUCCGAACAACCCAUAGCGAUCUCUUUCAAAUGGCUGCUGUAGCUGAACUAGUUGACUAUUACCAGUGGAGCCAGGUGAUAGCCAUAUUCGUCGAUGAUGAUUAUGGUAGAAAUGGAAUAAAUUCUCUAGGUGAUAAGCUUUCAGAGAAGCGCUACCAGAUAUCCUACAAGGCUGCAUUGCAACCCGGGGCUACAAGGGGUGACAUCAUGGAUUUGUUGGUUAAAGUUGCGCUGAUGGCUUCACGGAUUAUUGUCGUACAUGUGAAUCCAAGCAUCGGUAUUGAAGUUUUCGCCACAGCAAGAUAUCUAGGUAUGGUGUCAAAUGGGUAUGUUUGGAUAGCAACAGAUUGGCUUUCUUCAAUUUUAGAUUCUUCAACUCCACUGGAUACAGCAAUUUUGGACACAAUGCAAGGAGUUCUUGUAUUGCGACAGCACACUGUAGAUUCAAAACUCAAGAACACUCUAACUUCAAGAUGGAGCCAGUUGACCAAGAACGGCACAACUGAGAACUUCCAUCUUAACUCUUAUGGUCUAUAUGCUUAUGACACAGUGUGGCUGGUUUCUCAUGCAUUGGAUGCCUUUUUCAAUGAUGGUGGAUCGAUUUCAUUUUCAAAUUUCUCAAAUCUGCAUGAUGCUGAGGGAAGGAAUUUACACCUCGAAGCAAUGAGUGUGUUUGAUGGGGGCCAGAUAUUGCUGAACAAGAUUCAUAAUGUGAAUUUUGAUGGUGUUACUGGGAAAGUCCAGUUCGACUCUGAAGCGAACCUCAUUCACCCUGCUUAUGAUAUCCUCAAUAUGCUAGGAACUGGAUGGCGAACAAUCGGUUACUGGACAAACUACUCUGGAUUGUCAAUUAUGUCACCUGAAGAACUGUAUAUGAAUCCAGCAAAUAGUUCCAGUGCAAAUCAACAACUGUAUAGUGUCAUUUGGCCUGGGGAGGUGAUAACAAAGCCUCGUGGUUGGGUUUUCCCUAAUAAUGGGAAAGAGUUAAGAAUUGUUGUUCCUAACAGAGUAAGUUACCGGGAAUUUGUUUCAGUAGAGCCAGAUAACGAUGGCGUGAAGGGAUACUGCAUAGAUGUCUUUACUGCUGCCAUAAACUUGCUUCCAUACCCUGUCCCAUACAAGUUCAUACCUUUUGGAAAUGGCCAUGAGAAUCCCAAUUAUGCUAUGCUUGCUGAGAUGGUUGCGUCAGGUGACUUUGAUGCUGCUAUAGGCGAUAUAGCCAUAGUUACAAAUCGAACAAAGAUUGUUGAUUUUACCCAGCCAUAUAUCGAAUCAGGGCUUGUCAUAUUGGCUCCUAUAGAAAAGCUCAACUCAGAUGCUUGGGCUUUCUUGCAGCCAUUCACAGUGGCGAUGUGGUGUGUCACUGGGUUAUCCUUACUCAUAAUAGGAAUAGCCGUUUGGAUCCUUGAGCACAGGAUCAACGAUGAAUUCCGUGGGCCUCCAAAAAAACAGCUAGUUACAGUCUUUUGGUUCAGCUUCUCGACACUGUUUUUCGCUCAUAGAGAAAAUACUAUGAGUACUCUUGGGCGUGUAGUUCUGAUAAUAUGGCUUUUUCUGGUUUUAAUUCUUCAAUCCAGUUACACAGCUAGUCUGACGUCAAUUCUCACUGUGCAACAACUAUCAUCACCUGUAAAAAGCAUUGACAGUUUAAUUGCUAGUAAUGAGCCUAUUGGGUUUCAAGUUGGCUCAUUUACUGAGAACUAUCUUGUUGAGGAGCUUGGCAUUUCAAGAUCCAGAUUGAAAGCACUUGGUACCCCAAAUGAUUAUGUUAGAGCCCUUGAGCUAGGCCCCAAAAAAGGAGGUGUUGCCGCUGUGGUGGAUGAACGCCCCUAUAUCGAACUAUUUCUCUCAAUCCAAUGCGAGUUUGCCAUAGUAGGCUCAGAAUUUACCAAAAAUGGCUGGGGGUUUGCAUUCCCCAGGGACUCCCCUUUAGCUGUGGAUUUGUCCACUAAUAUCCUUACACUAUCAGAAAAUGGCGAUCUCCAAAGAAUUCAUGACAAGUGGCUUACUGGAAGAAGUUUGUGCAGCUCCCAAACGAGCGAGCUUGAGUCUGACCGCCUCCAACUUAAUAGCUUCUGGGGAUUGUUUCUGAUAUGUGGAAUGACAUGUACUGUUGCAAUGUUCGUAUACUUUGCGAUCAUGGUGCACCAGUACAUUCGCCACUACCCCUUGGAGGAAAGUGACUCUUCCGACCAUGGAAGCUCAAAAUCUGGGUGCAGCCUGCAGAGAUUCUUCUCCUUCAUCGAUGAGAAGGAAGAAGAUGUGAAGAGCAGGUCAAAGAGCAGGAAGAUGUUGCAGGCAGGAAACACUAGUCUUGAUAGUGAAAGCCAUAACAUUUUUUAGCUCAAACAAGAGUUUUUUGGGUUUGAAUGCUACAAGAACUCCAUAACUGUGAAUUGCUGUGGCAAUAUACGAGAGGCCAAAUCAAGAUUUUCUUCAGAAAGUUUGAGAAUCAAGAUAUUAUUUUCUAUGACAGUUUAGACCGAAAGAGGAGUGUCAAGGUAAAGAUGAGAUCCAUUAUACUGCAUGUGUGAUUCAGUUCAUGCCUGACUGGUUCUGGAUUAGAUUUCACUGGGAUGUUUCCAAUGCAUGUGAACAAAGAUGUGUGAUUCAGUUCAUGCCUGACUGGUUCCAUUAGAUUCAGUUCAUGUCCUACCUAUGCUCAUAGCAGGUGGAGUGAAUUGUAUCAGCAGCACAAACUGAUACAAUGGUGAUUGUGGCAGGAAGCCCAGUUGAGCUGCUCCCCUCACAACAGCAAUUCCAAAGAGUGGAAGGAUCACAUAUCACACAGAUGAUUGAUAUGGUCAGUCAUGGCUUCACCGCCAACUUGCGAAGCCCUGCUUGUGCUCAUGAAACAUGCAUCAGAAACUUAGGCCAUUUCACUGCUUCAGAUUUGAGCUUGAAUGGAGGAGUGUUUCUACCUUGUGUUAGGUUCACUCAUAGAAUAAGAGUAACACAUUAUAGUGCCAUCACUGCAUCCAUUUCUUGUCAUCAGACAAGAAAGUGCAUGCUUCCUGUCUUUGGAAGAUGAUCACAUACCCUAACAAUAUCAUGGAAUCUUGGAUGAGAUUUUAACUGAGCAGUACCACCUGCAACUAAGCCAACAGUCUGUAAUCCUCCAUGAACUAUAAACCAUUCAACGUCCAUGUUAAAGAAAUAUACUGAAGCAGUGGUUGGUGGUGUGAGCAAUUCCUCUGCAAUCGGGUGAAGGAUCUGAGUUGUUGUCAGCCACCGUUGCUGAAACAUUGUCAUCAAGGAUUUUUCCGUUCACUACUGAAGACACCUUCAUAAGACUGCAGGCCAGUAUCCAUAUGAAGACACCUCCAAGCUUCAUGGAGACAGAGAAGAAUGUCAAGAGCACAGAUUUUGAUCUGUGUGAGAGAGAUGUGUUUACAUAAAAAGCUCCAUCCUUAACUUUCAGUUGAUGUUAUUAUUAUUAUUAUUAUCUAAGAACUCAAAAGAGCAAAACUACUUAAAGAUCUCUUUACAGCCAUCGAGAAAGAUACAUAGGAGAGUCCA